UUUACAACUCUAUUCACUAGGAAGCAAAAACCAAAACGGGCGAAACAGAGAUAUGACGAAAUCACCUCGGCCGGCAAGCGCAGAAUAAUUACUCAUCAUUUCAGCGGCGCACGUUAGAUACAUCCCUCCACGAAUUUCAAAAAUUUUCUUCUUCUUUUAUUAUCCAACUAUACCCCACCACAAAAGUACCAGAAAUUUCAAAAUGUACCCCAAAUUUUACAAUCAAAUCCAUCCAUUUGAUCCAACAACCAGGGCCUUAUAUUAAAUUGACCAAUCUACAAGGACUUCUGUUUGAAAAUUUACAUAAAAUUAUUAUACAUUCAAAUCGGAAAUCGGAGAGUUGAAGCAAAACAGCGAAAAGUGUAAUGACGAUGGACCGAGAAAAGGAGAGAGAAGUAGAAUUGGAAAGUGCAAUGUACACCAACUGUUUGUUACUAGGGUUAGAUCCGUCGAUCAUUGGAAUUGGCGCCGGUAACAGCACACCUCGGGUCGGGUUUUUCCGUCAUUCGAACCCUAAAUUAGGCGAACAGCUUCUCUACUUUAUCUUAUCUUCUCUUAGAGGUCCUACUCAAUCCGCUAAGGAUUUCGAUAAGGUUUGGCCGAUUUUUGAUUCUGCACAAUCUCGCGAUUUUCGCAAGGUUGUACAAGGGAUUAUAAGUGAGCUGGAAUCACAAGGGGCAUUGCCUAGAAGUAAUUCGAGGGUCUCAUCGCUUGCUACAUGCUGUGGACCAAGGUUUGUUGAACUUUUAUGGCAACUUUCACUGCAUGCUUUGAGGGAAGUUCAUAGGCGAAUGUUUGCUGCUGAUGUUGCUUCUAACCCCUUGCCUGCAUCAUUAACGGAUGUAGCUUUCUCACAUGCUGCCACACUACUUCCUGUAACUAAGGCUAGGAUUGCUCUCGAAAGAAGAAGGUUUUUGAGUAAUGCAGAAACAGCAGUACGUAGACAGGCCAUGUGGUCUAAUUUGGCUCAUGAAUUGACAGCUGAAUUUCGAGGCCUUUGUGCUGAAGAGGCUUAUUUGCAGCAAGAACUGGAAAAGCUGCAGGAUGUGAGAAAUAAAGUAAAGAUGGAAGGUGAACUGUGGGAUGAACUUGUAUCAAGCUCAAGUCAGAACUCACAUAUGGUUCAAAGAGCUACCCGUUUGUGGGACUCUUUGUUGUCUCGCAAGAAUCAACAUGAGAUUCUCGCCUCUGGUCCAAUAGAAGAUCUUAUCGCUCAUCGUGAGCACAGGUAUCGCAUCUCUGGCUCAGCUUUGCUCACAGCUAUGGAUCAAAGCUCUAUAGCUCCACCACCUGAUUUGGCUUCUUUGCAUCAAGAUAAUAAAGACCAAGAUGGAAGAUCACAAGCAGAUGUGAAUAGAGAAAAACAUGUAAAGAGUUCAGAUUCUUCUCAUAUCCAAGUAGAGGAUAACACGUUUUCUCGAGUUGAUGAGAGAAUUGCAAGAGGCCAUCCUACUGUUGAUAUAGCAGAAGUUUUGAGGCGUUGGACGCAUGCCCUACAACGUGUUCAUAAGCAGUCCCUUCAACUGGCAAAAGCUAAUGAUGGAGAGGGUCCAGAGCUUUUGAGGAGUUCACAUGAUGGUGGUACUGGUGGUCAUGCGGAGUCCUUGGCUGCAACUCUUGCUGAACAUAAGCAACACCUUGCAAGUAUACAGGUGCUUAUAAAUCAACUGAAGGAAGUUGCUCCCUCCAUACAGAGUUCAAUUUUAGAACUCACAGAAGAAGUUAGUAGUAUUUCGUCCACUUCAUCCAGAAUGGCCAAUCUUCAGGGUAGAUCACAUUCACCUGUUGAUGCACAGAGCAGUGGGAGGACAUUGGAGCACAGUGUUGAUGAGGUAGCUGAGAUGAGCUCAAGAUUGUCAUCUAUGCAAUUUGAAAAGACAUCAGCCAGUCCCACUACUUUGAAGCUCCCACCUUUGUUCAGUGUAACACCAAAUUCUUCGGGAAAAGGUGGUGCACAGAAGCGACAGAUCUCAGCCCAAACCAGCCAAAUUGAAAAUAUGCCUGAGAUGAAGUCUCUGGAUCAGCAAUUAUUAAGUAAUUCAUUUGAUAAUCCUCCACAAGAUAAUGAUACAAGCUUUGUUCAAAAUCUGAAGAGAUCUGUCAGAGAAGCUGCACUUUGCUCCCAAUCUUACCAUCAGGGAUCGUCUCAAGACAGUCGUUCUGAUGAUAGUUCUGAGCACUACUUUGAGCCUGUCUCAGGGGUUGGGUUUUCGCAGAACGGAGAUCGGGCAAACUUGUUGAGAAGGAAAAAGUUGUUUGUGUCAGAACCAGAUUCAUCGUUUUUAGGGACUGAUGCUCCAGAUAAUCAUAUAAACAUCAAGUCUGAUGGACUGCCUGACUUAUUAAAUGAUCUGCAGUCUGUGGAUGAUUAUGAUGGUUUUCUUUCAACUAUGGGUUCUAGCUCUUCAUUUUCUGAUGCACAUAGGUCAUUUUAUGAUCUGGAGGAAGCUCAGGAGCAAGUAUUUUCACCUCCUCUGCUUAUGGAUGCAUCAUUAUUAGCAGAUUCAUAUGAGGACUUGCUUGCACCAUUGUCAGAAACUGAAACUGCCCUGAUGGAGCAUUGAGAUCAAACAUUGGGUGAUGUUGCUGCUCGGGCUUGAAGAGAUUGGUUAGCAGCUUGUACUAUCAACCUUUCGUUGUUGGAAAACCCUCCUCGUACUAACUUCCGUUGGAUUGUGUGAUUUCUUGUAUUUUCAUGCUUCAAGUGUAUCGGCCUUAUUUUUUGCAUUUCAUUUGAGUUGGAGGAGCGUAGAGGGAACUGAACACAGAACAUUGCUCAGUAAGUCUGAUCACGGCCGAGCCAAGAUUUUGUUGUGCUUACUCUGGACCUGUCAACGGGGCUUAUAGGCAUUAGGCAUAAUGCUCUCCUGCAGGAGAUCAGGAGGACUGCUUCAGACAGUUGUGUGCUGUAUAUUGAUGGGGAAAGAAUUUUUAUCUUGCUCCUGAGGGAUUUCUCUUUUGUUUGCUCUGUAACAAUCCCCUCAAAGGGGAGCCUUGGAGUAACGGUCAAGUAGGUUCCGUGCUGGUUCGAGCCCACUGAUGCUUGUGUCAGGAUAGGCUGCAUACAUAAUGCAGACUAUCUGCGAACACGGAGUGCUUCGUACAUCGGGUUACCUUUCUUCUGUAACAAUUCAAUAGACACAUUUACUGUUGAAAAAGUAAUUUAUCUGUUCGUUUGUUCCAUUAUUAUAUGGUACAUAGUCAUUCAUUUGCUGUUUGGUGAAUUAUCUGACUCAACUUUUUGUGCUUAUUUUACUAAAAGAAUCUCUCUUUUUCUUUUUUACUUAAA